UCUGCGGCUCCCCAGAAGGCCCGGCACCUGUUCGGAGGGCUCAGGUCCUUGAAACCAACAGAGUCAACAGUUCCCACUUCUUUUAACUCAGCUGCACCUUUGAAUAUGUCAUGUACUUGAACAAUGGUGCCACAAACCCUCGCAUCACUCCCUUCAGAGAUCCUUUCCGAGAUCUUUGAACAUCUCCCCCUAUCAGACCUCGCAAGGCUCGUCCGCACAUCAACAUUCUUCGCUCGGAUCGGAACCCGGCCUUUAUAUGAUAGGCUCUUCUUCAAUUCUGUCCGUCCAAAAGCCAGCGUUAGCAUUGCAAGGUUACGGUCGCAAUUCAUUCUCGCUUAUUUCAGCUCCAACUCGGAGAAACUGCUCGCGGUACAGGCUGCUAAGGGCCGGUCUAUCCUCCACUAUGUUGCAGCAGCUGGGAACAGGGCCCUGAUGAAUAUUCUCCUGGAAAAGGGUGCCAAUGUCUCCGUGAGCAAUCAGAAUGGCGAGACACCUCUACAUACAGCCCUAGAGAAGGGUAAAGAGGCAAUGGCCGUGGAGCUCAUCGAUGCUGGAGCGGAUGUCCUCAGUCUGGCUCGUGGAAGAACUAUCCUGGCUUAUGUGCAUACAGGUACCUCACAACCCGUCGUCGAAAAGUUGAUAUGGGCUAUUCAGGCUGCUGGAGGGGAUAUCUCUCAUUGCACACCUGAUGGGCACACUGCAUUACAUUAUGCAAGUCGCCGGGGCUACGACAGUUUAGUUGGUAUUCUCGUCGCCAACGGGGCAGAUGUAUUCGCUGCCAAUAAAUACGGUCAUCCGCCCCUGAUUUCAGCUAUUCUACAAAAACGCGUCGGGGCUAGCAAGAUCCUCCUCAGCGCAAUGAAAUCGGAUCCCCGCGGCUACGAUAUCAACGAGCCAAUUGCUUCUCUCAAAGGACUUGAGACCUGUGUCCGCGAGGCUUAUGCCGGGACAGUUCGCGUGCUUUGUGACCUUUAUAAGGAGGGAAAGGUUCACCUUGACCUCACCGCAGUUGCCAACGAAAUGUUGCAGACGUGCACAUAUUAUGGAGAUCAUGUGCGGGACCAGGAUGUGAAUGAUACCAUCACCUAUGUUGUUUCCGCAGGCGCUAAUAUCAACGCGCAAGACAAGAGGGGGCGGACUCUCCUACACCUACUUUGCAGAUUUGGUGGUGGCAAACAUCAAGACGGCGCCAAAGUCAGAUUGAUAAAAUAUCUCUUAAAUUGCGGUGCCGAUUGGAGGAUUCGAGAUGAGGAAGGAAACACUGUCCUUCAUACUGCUGCGAAAGAAUGGGAGUGUGACCGUUGCAAAUCAACAAUCAAAUUGCUCGUUGACUCCGGCUGUGACCCGAAUGCAGUUAACAGUAAUGGGCAAACCAUUGCUCAUCUUGCCAUGACGCAGUGGGUAUUGAUAGAUGUGAUCAAGUUCAUUUCCGAACUCGGGGGAGAUAUGUGUUGUAAAGACCGAGAAGGCAGGCCACCAAUCCAUUACGCUGCGACAGUGCCCGACAUGGAGGAGGCAGACCGAAAAAGGAUUAUCUGCUAUUUUGUUGAAGAAAAGGCAGAACUUCAUCGGGGCUGUAGGCAAUGUGAAUCUCUAAUCCUAGGAUUCUGUCGGGAAAGAUAA